CACACACACACACACACACAGUCAGCCUCCGCAGCAAAGAAACAGCAGCAGCGAAAACAAACUCUCCUCCCGCGGCUCACACACCAACACAACUGUCCCUGAAAGUGGAAGUGGACAAGAAAUGCUACCGUUGAGUCCGGGAGGACAGAGAACUAUAGUCGGACUGCUGAGACCAGGAGCGUGGACCGUGACAGCAGCUGUUGGACAAAUUAACCCACGGAUCCGCUCCACGUCUGCACGUGGGAACCGUCGCCACUGAGACAGAGACACGUCGUGUAGCGUGGAUCUUGUCCUGCCACCUUGAACUCUUUGCCACCGGUUCAACUCCCACUUACUUCAAAGAUGAGUGCCAAGUCAGCCAUAAGCAAGGAGGUCUUCAUACCACAUGAUGAGAAGAUGCUUGCUGCUGUGCAGGUGAAGCGGAGGACCAAGAAGAAGAUUCCCUUUCUUCAAGGAGACUACAUUGCCUUCAUCUGCCUCUCAGUGACGAAUAAGAAACCAUCGCACUUAUCCCUCACUAAGGUGAAGCAAUUUCAAGGAUCUUCUGCGUUUGUGAAAAGGUCACAGUGGACAAUUGAUCAGCUACGACAGGUCAACGGCAUUGAUGCCAACAAAGACUGUCCAGAGUUCGACCUGAUGUUUGAUAAUGGUUUUGACCAGUGGGUUGCUGGUUCGGCUGGAGAGAAGUGCACCUUCAUCCAGAUUCUCCAUCACACCUGCCAGCGCUACUGCUCAGCACGGAAACCAGAGUUCAUCAACUGUCCGUCCAAACUGCUGGGGGGUAACAGUAUACUCCACUCGGCUGCAGACAGUGUGACAAGUGCUGUACAGAAGGCCAGCCAGGCUCUGAAUGAGCGCGGCGAGCGAUUAGGUCGCGCCGAGGAGAGGACUGCGGACAUGAUGAACAGCGCUGAACAGUUUGCCGUCACUGCACAAAAGCUUGCCAUGAAGCACAAGUGUUAAACCACUGCCAGAUCCGACUAGGCUGGGGGGUUUACCAAUUGCCACUCGCUGUACAGAAGAAGGAUUCCCGGAUGUUAUUCUUUUAAAAACAAAAAUCACAUCAUUACUAUUUGUUAACAAUGUUAACAUUUGUAUGUUUGGUGUAUUGUAUUCUGGUGCACCGUCUGGUGAUGAUGCGCCGAGCAGUGUGGGAGUGAGAGAGGUGUAUGACGACCUCAGACCACCAACAGAAUGUUUAAUGCUUUGGUUUUGCCAGAAAAGGUAAGAGCCUCAGCUCGGACUAUUACUCAAAACAAAACACCCCCCCCCCAUUGUUCGUGUGCUCAGAAGCUAAUGCUGUCAGGUCCUUAUCAGCAAUCUCUCAGACUCAUUGAUGAUGAUCAAUAGUUAUUUAUGAAUACUGCAUGGAUAAUGCAGUCAGAUUUAUGAGUGUGACAGACCCUCUCAUGGGUAUCAUAGAUACACUUUAGGAUUGUGUCACUAUUUCCCUCAGAUGCAUACAGUAGGAACCAGAUUAUAACCCGUAGCAACACAGAGGGACGUAUCUGUUGGUAAAUCCAGAAGUAUUAAUUUUCAGUUCAAUCUCGUCUUCUCUCACUGGAUUGUGGGACCUUACACUCUUUGGUUCUGUCCAUGAUUUCAAAUGAUAUCAGAACAGUAUUAGUAAAAAAAACAAAAACAAACUAUAAGUAAGACUGAGUAGAGAUGUUCGGCUGACAUAACAGUGAUUGACUGUAUU